AUGACCGUCGCGGCAUUAUCACCGGAGCAGAUCCAGCUCAUUAAAGCCACAAUCCCUGUCCUCGCCGAACAUGGCUAUACAAUCACGUCCAUCUUCUACAAGAACAUGAUCGCCGCUCACCCAGAUCUAAACAACAUCUUCAACAUCCCUAACCAGGAGAAUGGUCACCAACCCCGCGCACUAGCAGGUUCCCUAUACGCAUACGCCUCAUACAUCGACGACCUAGCCGCACUGAGCGCAGCCGUAGAGCUGAUCUGCAGCAAGCACGCCUCCCUCUACGUCCGACCAGAGCACUAUGACAUCGUGGGCAAAUACCUCAUCGAAGCAAUGGGCCUUGUCCUCGGCGACGCACUCACGCCCGAAAUCAGAGAUGCGUGGGGCGCGGCGUAUUGGCAACUGGCCAACAUCAUGAUUACACGCGAGCAGCAGCUGUACGAACAGAGUGAGGGCUGGACAGACUGGCGUGACUUUAAAAUUGCCGAUAAAGUGAGAGAAUCAGACGAGAUCACUUCCUUCUACCUCGCUCCAGCGGAUGGGAUGCCAUUGCCGUCUUUCCGUCCUGGUCAGUACAUUUCUGUGUUGGUGUACGUACCAGAGGUGAAUUACGACCAGCCUCGCCAGUACUCGCUCAGUGACAAGCCUUCGCCGGAUUACUACCGGAUAAGUGUGAAGAAGGAGAGGGGGAUAGAGGGGGGUGCUCCCGCUCACCCGGGCUAUGUGUCGAAUCUACUACACGAUAACUACAGCAAAGGCGACCCAAUCAGAGUUUCGCAUCCAGCCGGCGACUUCUUCCUUUCCGACAAGCCAAGCAACCCUGUCGUUCUGAUCUCUGCUGGUGUCGGCAUUACCUCGCUUACCUCAAUCCUCAACACAUUGACUUCUGACCGGGCUAAUAACGGACGACCAUUACAUUUUAUCCACGGAGCGCGCACAUCCGCUGUGCGUGCCUUCAAAUCUCACAUUAGUACCCUCACACAAGAGCAUCCUUCCCUUCGCACAACAUUCUUCGCUAGCCAACCUGCUGCUGAGGAGGUGCAGGGGGUGGACUAUCAGAUUGUCGGACACGUUGAUCUAGCCAAGCUUGACGCCAAUAGUGAUUUGUUCUUGAGUGACGAGAACACUGAGUAUUACAUUUGUGGACCUACGAAGUUCAUGACAGAGACCAAGUCAAGUCUCGGAGCGCUUGGAGUCAGUGCCGAUCGCAUUAAGAUGGAGCUUUUCGGAACUGGCGGUGUGCCUGAGUGA